GUUUGUUAGUUUACCAAGUACAACCUGUGUAACUCCACGACAUAACCAUUCGUCGUUUUCACAAUGUCUUUGGUACCAAAACGCGACGUUAAUAAAGCUGAAUGGGAAGAUGUUGAAUUUCCAAGUAUUUGCGAGCGAUGUCUAGGAGAUAAUGCGUACGUUCGUAUGACUCGUGAACCUUUAGGACAAGAAUGCAAAAUAUGUUCGCGGCCAUGCACAGUAUUCCGGUGGUCAAGCUCGAGAGAAAGAAAAAGAGGAAAAACUCAAAUAUGUGUUGGUUGUGCUAGACUAAAAAAUUGCUGUCAAGCAUGUAUGCUCGAUUUACAGUUUGGGUUACCGAUUGCUUUACGGGAUGCAGCUCUAAAAAUGGUGGACAGCGGGCCAACAAACGACAUUAACCGAGAGUUUUUUGCUCAAAACCAACAGAGACUUCUGAAAAACGAAGAAACGCCAUAUGAUAGUCAAGAGUCAAGUGCAGUCGCUAGGAAUUUGGUUCGGAAGACUGAACGACGAGAACCUUACCAAAAACCUUCGCGAAAGAAGUUUGACGAACAAGAAUCUAAACAACUAUUGAAGGAUGCUAAAGCAAGUGACACUUUAAAAAGCUCUGAAAAGUCUCUUUUUCCUAUAAAAAAGAUUGUAAAUGGCCGUGUCUUGCUCUCAGUAGACAUGGAACCACCUAAGGAUAAAAAAAUUGCCUCCCUUUUCAUUAUGGGUGUUGAAGAUGAACUUCCGGAUUACAAAAUUCGAAAACACUUUGAACAGUUUGGUCCUUUAAAGUCUGUUGUUUGUUCUCAUCGUGCGAAAUGUGCUUUUGUCAAUUAUAAAAGCAGGUUAAGUGCUGAAAUCGCAGCAGCAUCUUGUCCUAAUGGGGAUCUAUCUAUUGAGGGUUUUCGUCUUAAAGCUCAAUGGGGAAAACCACGUUCCUUAGGAGGACCAGAUCAAGAAACACGAAAUGCGAAAUUGGCAGAUCUAGUCAUGCAUGGAAAGAAUGCUCCAGAAAAGCCUUCUAAUGCUAAACAAUCCUCCAGUACAGCUGAUGAUAACGCGUCGUCUUCUACACCUACCCCUGCUGUUGCUCAACCAAUUUCUCCAAAUCAACCGAAAUAUUCAUCGCAGAAUUCUCGGUAAAAAAAGAAGAAAGAGAAAGAAAUAAUUUCAUAAAUGUUUGGUUAUUUCCAUGGUAUAAUUUGUACGAUUAGUUGACGAGUAUGCACGUAUUCUCAUGAGCGCCUGAUGAUAGCUCACC